UGCAUUUCUCUGUAGUCACGUCGGCGUAACACGGGACAUCGUGGACGAGCACCACCAGUACCAACAGCAGUUAUGUGAAUCAGCUGGCCUGCACAAGGAAGGAAAGGGACAACAACAACAACACGGUUCAUUCUUUCUAAAUCAAGGCUCUGUCUGAUGAGGCGACAGGAUGGCGGAAGCAGAGGUGUGCACCCCUGCAAACCCCACCUGCAAGAUCAUGACUUUCAGGCCUACCAUGGAGGAGUUCAAGGACUUCAACAAGUACCUAGUUUAUAUGGAAUCUCAGGGCGCACACCGUGCAGGUCUGGCUAAGGUGAUUCCUCCAAAAGGCUGGAAGCCUCGCCGUACCUAUGACGACAUAGAUGACUUGAUGAUUGACGCGCCCAUCCAGCAGAUGGUGGCCGGCCAGUCAGGGCUCUUCACUCAGUACAAUAUUCAAAAGAAGCCACUCAGCGUGCAGGAGUUCAGGCGACUAGCUAACAGUGACAUGUACUGCACACCUCGCUACUUAAAUUACGAAGAUCUGGAGCGUAAAUACUGGAAGAACCUCACAUUUGUUUCACCCAUAUAUGGUGCUGAUGUUGGCGGCAGCCUCUACGAUGAGGAUGUGGAGGAAUGGAACAUUGGCCACCUGAACUCGAUCUUGGAUGUCAUUGAAGAGGACUGUGGUGUGUCGAUCCAAGGUGUCAACACUCCAUAUCUGUACUUUGGCAUGUGGAAAACCACCUUCUCCUGGCACACGGAGGAUAUGGACCUCUACAGCAUCAACUACCUUCACUUUGGCGAGCCAAAAUCCUGGUAUGCCAUUCCCCCAGAGCAUGGGAAAAGACUGGAACGCUUAGCUACUGGUUUCUUUCCUAAUAGCUUCAAGGGAUGUGAGGCUUUUCUCCGUCACAAGAUGACUCUAAUCUCUCCCUCUGUGCUGAAGAAGUAUGGCAUUCCUUUUGAUAAGAUUACGCAGGAGGCUGGAGAAUUCAUGGUCACCUUCCCUUAUGGCUACCACGCUGGCUUCAAUCAUGGUUUCAACUGUGCUGAGUCGACAAACUUUGCAACUGUACGCUGGAUAGACUAUGGCAAAAAUGCUACACAGUGUACUUGCAGUAAGGAUAUGGUCAAAAUAUCCAUGGAGCCAUUUGUAAAGCGUUUUCAGCCAGACCGCUAUGCCAGCUGGAUGCUGGGCAAAGAUUCAACAGCCAUUGACCACACACGAGCCACUCCCAGUACAACACCUGAGCUGCAGAGUUGGUUGCAGAGGCGCUGCAGGACAAAAUCCUCCAAUAAAAGCAGCUGCCACUUUCGAAUGCGUUCAAAGCGACUGCGAACUACAGAGGAGCCCGUUGCCCUGGAUGACAGUUCUUUGUGCAGCAGCAAGAGGAAAGGCCUUUGUGGUCCACCUGGGCCCAAACUGCGACGGUCUGUCGAAGAAACAGCUUGCCUGUCAGAAAAGUCAGAGGAGGAGGAUGAGAAAAAUGGAGGAAGGAAGACAAAACACUGCCACAACUCUUUUCAGCUUCCUGGUAAAACACCAACUCUUUAUACCACAAUAUGUUUUAGUUUGAUAUAUUUGAAUUUUAUUCAACCUGUUCCAUCCACAGGUCGCUGCAGGCAGAUGUGUGUCGUCAAGGUAAACAGAGUAGAGAGCAACAGUUUGGGCUUUUCUACUAUGGACCCCCAAAAAGCUCAGUCCAGCCCUACUUCCUCAGCAAAACAGGACUUGAAGGCAGAGACUGACACAGACAGUGACACUCAACACCUCUCAAGUUCGGAGGAUAGGUCUCUUGAAGGACUUGGAGAUUGGUCAGAGCCAACUCAAAUUCCCAAAGGAAUUAACAAGUCGACAUGUUGCCCUCCUGAACCUCAAGACCUCUUAAUUUCUCAGGACCGUUCUACUAGGGACCCUCCCCUGGAGAACACUGAACUCACCUCCUCAAGUACCUCCACUGAAACAGGAAUGGGCUUGUGUCCCCUUGAGUCUGAUGUUCAGAUAUCAAACCCCUUAAGUAGCCUAGAACCAAACACUAACAGCAGCAUUGACAAAGCGUCAGAAAAAUCACACACCUUUGGCCAAAAACAUAUCCAUCCGCAAUGCACUACAGAAGUAGACCCUAAACUAGUAGAGGCAGACACUUCUGCAUCACAUGUCUUUUCCUCCUCUUUAGGACAGGACUGUGUGUUAGAAAACACAGAGGAGGACGUUUGUCCUCCAUUGCUACAAAGGAGUGCAGUGGAAAUGCCCCACCUCACUCCAGAGCCAGCAGAUACGUUUGGUAUCAGCCCUCUACCGCCAAUAUUGACCCAAGAGAUGCCCUCCCUCACACCAGCUGACGACGGGCUACCUGAUGUCGCAAAAUCAAGCACGUGCACCCACCGGUUUGCACCUGUGCUGCAGCGGGAGACAUCAGAAGGCUGUCCUUCCUCCCAUGAAGCCCAGCAGGAAGAAACUGUUUCACGGAAUUGUAAAGAACAUACCAACAACUGGCAUUCCGACUCUGCAGGCAGAUUAGAAAGCAUAGCAGUUUCAAGGUUUGAAAGUAAUCUAUGUAGCAAUGACACCCUCAAAACAACUGGUGGUGUCAGUGAAAGUCAGUUCAUGUCACAAACUGAUGCAAAAAAGCACACGGUGGUGAAUUUUGGAGAAAUUGGCACCUCUUAUCAGCUAGCUCAGAGCGUUGAACCCCAAAUAGAGCAGCAUUCCAUUUUAACGGAGGUAGCAACUAAUGAUCACAAGCCAGUGCAAGCUGAAAUUGCAUCCAGCCAAAGCAGUGUUGGCCCUCUUUUGACUGAUAUGUCAAAUAACCCAUCGCGUCCACAGCACAAUCGCUCUGAAUUACAACAACCCGACUGUCCUUCUUACUGUACACCCCCUAGCCCACACACAGAGCUCAAAGAUGACCCCAGCAGCAUUUGGAAUAACUUCAACUCACAGAAUCCUGCUGUUCUCACCCAAAGUCUCCAUUCAGAUCAACCUUCCGUCUUCACCCAUGUCCCCAUACCUUACACUUUGUGGGCCGAAUCCCAGUGCAAAAAGGUCACACAUCUGGACGACCCAGGUGAAGACCUUCAUGAGAGCCAAAAGGGGGAUGGUGGACCUCUCACCUGGGCUCAGCUAAAGCCCACUUCACUAGCUUCAGUCGGUGCUGCUGAGGAUGUGGAGUUUGGUGAAGAUUUUCCAAGCAGUGAAGUGGGACGACGGGUGCAGACAGGUGACAUUGUGUCCUCUGAUGGUGUUGUUUCACCUCUGCUCAUGGAGGGAGAACGGGAUGGGGUUUCUCAUAUGGAGGAAGGGGAGUCAGACAUUGAAGGGGACGAGAACCCAAGUAGUGCCAACGGGGAAAGCAACAGUGACUCGUCUGAUGAGGAGCAAAGUGAUCCAAGUAGCUUUGAGUGUGAUUACUCAAGCUUGGAACCAGGGGAGGUUUGUGCUUACCCUGCUCUGUCUGUAAAGAGGCCCACUAAGAGCUGGCGUCUCCCACUCAGGAAACCUACUGCCAGGGCUGUACCCACUGCGGUGAAACACCAGGCUGCCAGUGAUGAUGAGCCCCCUGAAGCAAGCCUCGAGGAGGAAGAGGAGGAGCCAGAGAUGGAGGCGUGGGCAAAGCCGCUGAUCUACCUGUGGCAGAACAGGAAGAGUUGCUUCACAGACGAGAGGGAGUACAACGCCCACGCUGCCACCGUGCAGCCACAUUGUGCUGUAUGCACACUCUUCAUGCCCUACUAUCAGGGGGAAGACAAAGCAGAGGACAGUAGGCCCAAUACAGCAGAGGACACGUCAGAGUCCUUGUCUCCUAACAAAGGCCCUGCACAUUGUUACCUGGGUCCAAGGAAAACCAAGCCCCUGAUACCGGAGAUCUGUUUUUCUUUUCGUGAGCAAAACUGUCCUCCAACUCCCACCAACCCUCUGCUGCAGGAAGAUGGCACCUCCCCCCUGCUCUACUGCCAGGGAUGCUGCCUUCAAGUACAUGCGAGUUGCUAUGGUGUUGCUGCAGACGACGCCAGUGAACAGUGGUCCUGUGAUCGCUGUGCAGAGGGCAUCUCCACAGCGGAAUGCUGUUUGUGUAACCUCAGAGGCGGGGCACUGAAGAAAACUCAAAAUGACAAGUGGGCUCACAUCAUGUGUGCAGUAGCACUGCCAGAGGCGAGGUUCAGCAACGAAGCCAAGCGGGGUCCCAUUGACACCAGUAUGAUCCCCAUGCAGCGCUACAAACUGAAGUGCAUCUAUUGUCGUAAGCGCUGGGCAGGCAAGCGGCAGGCGGGUGCGUGCAUCCAAUGCUCGUGCGGCCGGUGCCCCACCUCUUUUCAUGUGACCUGUGGCCAUGCUGCCGGGGUUGUCAUGGAGCCUGAUGAUUGGCCGUAUGUGGUGUCAAUCACCUGCCAUAGACACCAGUCGCGGAGCUCUUCGGCUAAGCAGCGGGCGUCUCAAGCACCCAUCUCACUUGGUCAGACGGUCAUCUCCAAGCACAAGAACCUGCGCUACUACAGCUCCAAGGUCACACAGAUCACCUCCCAGAUGUUCUACGAGGUCAUGUUUGAUGAUGGCUCCUUCUCCAAUGAUACCUACCCCGAGGAUAUAGUGAGCAGAGAUUGUGUCAACAUGGGUCCUCCAGAAGUUGGGGAAGCUGUUCAAGUGAAGUGGCCCGAUGGACUUUUUUACGGUGCCAAAUAUUUGGGAUCCAACGUGUCCUACAUGUACCAGGUGGAGUUUGAGGAUGGCUCUCAGGUGCUAGCAAAGAGAGACGAUAUCUAUACGUUGGACGAAGACCUGCCUAAAAAGGUGAAGCGUAGACUUUCCACAGCGUCUAGCAUGCGUUUCCAAGACGCCUUCUUCACCACGCAAGGGGAGAGGAAACGGCAGCGAACGCCCAAUUCCCGCUUCCAGAAAGACUAUGUGGCCCUGCCGGACCUCCGUACGACAGCCAAAAGCACAUGGGAGCACAAAGAAUGCCCCCACAAAGGGAAAUAAAAGUGAUGGUAGCCUGACAGAGACAAAUGAAUGCACUGAAGUCACAGUCGAUGCGAAGUUGUGUGUGUGUGUGUGUGUGUGUGUGUGUGUGUGUGUGUGUGCUUGGGAAUAUAUAUUUUUUGGGCUGUAAACUAUUUCCCUGUGACCAGCAACAAGGCAGCGGGAGGGUGCUUUGGCUCUAGCUGGAGGUUCUAAUGCAUUUGUAAAUUCUACAUCAGUGAUUUUGUGGAUUUUGAUUGGACAGCUGGACUUUACAGAGAAAAGGUUCACAGAGGACACUGUCUCCUCUGUUGCCUCGUGCUUUUACAUCCAUCAGGGAGAAAACAACAAACUGUGACUUUCCAUUUGUCACGCUGUUUUCUUUUUACAUGAGAGAUGUAUUUUCCCCCCCAUGGUAGUUGCAAUGAUUUUUGAUUUUGAACAUGAAUGCACCUUGCUUUUGGUAUUUUCCUCAUGUGUCACCGCAUCUCUCCCCGCAUGUUUAACACUGUCGCUUAGCUGCUUCUCCAAGCGCACCACCAUGGCUUCCUCUCCGAUCCUCUCGUCUGCCACUUAUUAAAUAUGAAUCGGGUUUCUUUUCCGAUUUGAUCGUGACAGAGAACGAAAACCAAUAACUGCUAAUGACUUCCAAAUGACAAAGAGGCAAGACAGGAAGCCAUGGCUGCAUGCGCCCAAUUAAAAAGUGGAACGCUACUCUGUUGAAUGAAAUUAUUUAAAAUUUGUAUUUAUUUUUGUGCUUGCUAUAGUUGAAUUAUUGCUAACUGCUGUAAGGAAAAUAAAAUGUUUUUUUAAUUGCCAAUGACUUUUUUUUUUUU